AUGGCAACACCACUAGAUAACUGUCUAAGGCCCUUUCCAGAUCCAAUGGUCAAGGUAACAGCAGAAACAAAGAAAAUCUCAGAGGUCUCUUCUUAUGUCUCUGCUAACAAUAAAAAGAACAGCUUUCGGGGAAGUGGGCUGCUUUAUCCUGUAGCCCUCCUCAGAUGCCAAGACUGCUGGGCUGGUCACCAGGCUCACGUCCUCAGUAAGGAAUUUACCUCCUACUUUUCUUCGGGGGCAGGUAGGGAAGCACAGCACCAGCCCUCAGCUGUCUUGGGCUCCCUGAUCUGGUUAAGGAGAGUGUAUUUAGUCAGGGCCAUGGUGGUGCAUGGAGGAAGCCAACCCUGUCAGCGCUGGCUGGUCAUCAGAAUGGAAGUGGGAGGACAUCCUUCAUUCCCAGGCCACGCCUGGUUAACAUUUCACCUUAACUGA